AUGGCAAAUCCAUGUUCUAAUUUUAAGAAUACGUAUUAUGACAUUUAUACGAUCAAUACCUAUUUUGGGGAGAGCUAUAAUGGUCAAUUAACAGUUAAUUCAAAAUGCCCAAAUUUAAUACACAAAUAUUGUCAUUACGAGAAUGACUCAGGAAAUGGUAAUUGUCAUAAUGAUUAUUUAAAAAUGGCUAGUUCUGGUGUUAUUCAUUUGCUAAAACAUUUAAAGGAUAAGUAUAAUUUAGAAUAUGAUAAACUUGCCGAAUACGCUAUUUUAUGGUUAAGUUAUAAACUAAAUAUAUAUUCAAAAAAUACAGUCAAAAAUUUAAAUGAUUUUUAUGAUAAAUAUAUAGAAACAAAUAAGGAUUAUUAUAAGAAAAUAAAAGAUGAUGAUACUACGACUUAUAAGGAUAUUAUAGAUAAAAAAAAAGAUUUGAUGAAUAUAAAUAUUAAUGAAAUAUCUAAAUCUACUGGUCCAUUUCAUAUAUUAUUUUAUUUGUAUUAUGUAUUUUAUGAUGAAUAUUGGGAUUACAAUAAUCGUUUGAAUAAUGCUAAAAGUUUUGCUAAUCAAUUUGAAAAACUCAAUAAUGAUCCUAAGAAUAUAAAAGGCAGUCUAUAUACUCAAAUAUUGUCUACAUUAUCAGAUGAUUAUAAAAAAUUAAAAAAUAUAUAUUAUAAUAAAAAUCAAUCUUACAAUUUUCCACCUCUUCCAGAAUUAACCCCCAAAGAAAAUCCUGUAGUAAAUACUGUAGACAGUCCUGGAAAAGGUGCUGAAAAAAUAUUGGAGCAGACUUCUGAAGCUACAUCAUCAAGUUCGUCGAUAUUAAACACAGUAAUUCCAGGUUUAUCGACAUUUGCAAUACCGGUUUUCUUGGGAGUUGCGUAUAAGUAUUCAUUAUUUGGAAUUGAUAAACUAUUUCAAAGACCAUUUAUAAGAAAAAAAUUAAAAAAUAUAAAGAAGAAAAUGAAACUUAAUAUAUGA